GGCAACAACACGCCGCCAGAGAGAGAGGGAGAGGCGCGCACACUGGCUGGGUUUGGGGGGAGCGCAGGGAUCCUUCGACGCAGCGGAUAUGAACUGAAAAGCUGGAAGAGGCAGGGAUCGUGUACCUAUAUCCCAAAAAAAUUACAGUCAAAGGUGGAAAACUAGCCCCCCUUUUCACAGCCCACCUCUGUCCCUGACAGUCUACACCCAAAGCCCCGCCGACCCCCUCCUGCUCCUCCUGCUCCACCCCUCCGCCGCCGCAGCGCUCCGGCACCGAGAUGCACACGGAGAGCCGUAACAAGAAAUGCCAGUCCACUCCCAAGCAGAAGAAGAGCGCCGCCAGUGCCCGGAAGAAGCAGAGGAGCCCGGCCAAGCACGCCCAGAAGCGAGCGGCGCCGUCCUGCUCGCCGCCGCCAGCGCCGUCGCCUCCUCCGCCGCCUCCUCCUGCCGUGCAGGAAGAGGAGGAGAGGAAAGAGGAGCCGGCCAGGUCUCGACAGGAAGUGGCCACACAGUCGGCGAAGGUGAAGGAGGAAGAGAGGAAGGCAGCGGCGGAGCAGGAGGAAGAGGAGGAGGAGGAGGAGGAGGAGGACGAGGAGGACAUGCCUUCUGUACAGAUCAAACCGGAGCCAGAGGAGAUGGAGUGCACGCAGGCCCAUGUAGGUGACGACGGCUCGCAGCCGACAGACCUGAAGCUGAAGGCGGAGUGUAAGUCGGAGCCGUCCUCGCCACCGUCGGGUCCCCCGGAGGACCAGACCGAGCCGGUGGACCUGUCCCUCAACAAGCCGCGCUCCGCCAGCGCCGCGGCCAACCAGCCGCCCGGCAGCACGGCGAGCCAGCCCGGCCUGUCCGCCACGCCCGUCCCCUCCGCCGUACAGUCCAUAGGCUCCAUGGUCCUCUCGCCGGGCUCCAUCUUGGCCACGCAGGGCGCCGGCGGCCAGCAGAUCCUCCACGUCAUCCACACCAUCCCGUCGGUCAGCAUGCCCAGCAAGGUGGGCCAGCUGCAGACCAUCCCCGUGGUGGUGCAGUCCCUGCCGGUGGUCUACACCACCAUGCCCACCGACGGCGUCGCCACGGCCGCCAUCACCGUGCCGCUCAUCGGCAGCGACGGACGCUCAGAGGGCUCAGUUCGGAUCAAGCCGGGCUCCACGUCUCCGGUGGAGUACCAGAGCGACAGCGACGCCGAGAGCGGCACGGAGUCCGGGUCGGCGUCGCUCAGCGCCCAGAGCAUCGACGCAGGGUCGGUGAUGGACCUGGAGCCGGUCGAUCCGGACUCUCCGGACAUCAAGAGGCGGCGGAUCCACAUGUGCGACUACGAAGGCUGUAAAAAGGUUUACACCAAGAGUUCCCACCUCAAGGCCCACCGGAGGAUACACACAGGAGAGAAACCUUACCACUGUACCUGGGAAGGCUGCACUUGGCGCUUCGCCCGCUCGGACGAGCUGACUCGGCACUUCCGUAAGCACACGGGAAUCAAACCGUUCCGCUGCACCGAGUGCGACCGCUCCUUCUCCCGGUCCGACCACCUGUCGCUGCACCGCCGCCGCCACGUCAUGAUGUGAACGCUGACCCCGACACGCAGGACGGCCCUCAGUGAAGAGCUACCUUUGACCCCUGUCAUUGCACCUGAACCCCUCCCCCCUGCUGGACUGAAGCCACGCCCACAGGUUGGGAUGUCAGCCUCCUGGUCUUCGUCCUGAACUGACAGGACUCACCGUCCACCCUGGAGAAGCGCGAAGAGGAGGAGCGAAGGCGAGGAGGAGACCCCGGGACGAACCUUCACGCUCCACCCAGACGCCACUUCAGCUGCUCUUUCACAGCAAAACUUUCACGGGCCGUUGGAUGUGAGGUCGAGUCUUAAUCUUUUAGCAGAGCUGAACCCCAAACAUUAAUCCAGGUUAUUUGGAAACUUUGCAAAUUAUCUAAUUGAGAAGCAAUAUUACAAAACGGCUAAGAAACGCGACCAUCAGGUCUUAGCUGGCCGAGCCUUGUAGUCCCACUCCGCUCCACCGGGCGGUGUCAAGGACCAAAUGAAGAAGCAGCGUUUCCAACUCUCGGGUCUGCUGCCACCCAGAGGACGGGCGUGGCACGGCGCUCGCAGUCUGACCGGAGGAAGACGUUGAUGUGCGAGUCACAGCAGACCAGCUGCUCUGUGGCUGAAAGAGACUGGAGGUCAAAGGUCGCUGCUCUGCCCCAUUUUGAAAAUGUGUCGACGGUAAAACGGCCUUCCAGAGCAGCUGAGGUGACGUCCAUGCCCCCCCCCCCCCCCCCCCCCCCAUCAUGCCUCGGUACAGGGAGCUACAAGACUGUGAACUUUCUACAGACCAGAUUGUUUUAGUCGUAUCGAUCGCCUCGCCCGGCCGGCUUCCUGCACUCCUCUCAUUCAGUAUUUGCUUUCAUGUGUUGUUUUGUUAAAGAUAAGGUUCAUUUACCCCCCAACUCCCCCACCCAACUUUUUUUUUUCUUGUUGUUGUUGCCAGAUUUAGCUCUGAAAACAGAAUUACGCCUUUACAAAAAAAAACCCUGUUUCAGAUGGUUUCGUUCUCUGAGGCUGUGAAAAAAGAGAGGAGACACAAAUAUCCUGAGAAUACGUGAGACACAGGAGGAGAGGAGUGAGUGUGACUGUGUGUGUGUGUGUGUGUGUGUGUGUGUGUGUGUGUGUGUGUGUGUGUGUGUGUGUGUGUGCGCAUGUUUUGAGACAAACGCAUAAUCAGAAUUCAGAUUUGUACGAGUGUGUGUUCCGGGCACUUGUCGUUCUUUACCUCUUGCCCGUUGAGCCUUAAUAAUUGAAGUCAAUCUGUAAGGGCGAAAAACCAGAACCACCGAGAGACCACCGCAGCUCAGACCCCCCCAACACACACACACACACACACACACACACACACACACACACACACACACACACACUUCACUGCUUCAUGUCCCUCAGAAUGACCCGCCUCAGCCUGCCAGGCCGUCACACUGGACGUUGUGCUUCAGUGUCGCCUCCUGCUGCACAGUAUUGGUAUUACAUUCAAUUUUGCUGAAGCUGUGACCGUGAUUCAGAGUAACGUCCUAAGACAUUAGGAAGAUGGUAAAGCUAACCUGCUGUCGGAAACCUGCUCUGCAGUUCCGCUUUGUGCCAGAGGGUGGUGCAGUGGAUCAGCUACACACCAAGUCUGUCUUCAGUCUAAUAGAAACCACACAGAAAUAAAAACACAACAGCAAGAGACAUCUUCGUAAUCUCAGCUGGGAUCAGACUGGACGAUUUGGUGACUCAGUGUCGCCCCCUAAAGCUCACGAUUGGUUUUACCUGAAAACUUAAGAUUUAAAACUAAAAUGAAAUAAAGGUGAUGUUUUUUGUCUGAGAUGUGGUCAUAAUUCUGAGUGACAUGAAGCCUGACUUCAAGAGCAUGAAUGCCACCCAGAUGAGUCUAAUCCAGGGAGGGGCGAGUCCGGGUCGUGUGUCGGCGGUUCUGGCAGACUCCAGGCACUGUGUCGGGCCGUCAGGCUCCGUUUAGACCUGGGAUCCAAACCGCCGGGAGACUCCAGCGCUCCGCUCACUCGCAGCUCCGCCCCCGGGGCGCCGCCUCAAUUCUCUCCGCUACUUUCAAUUCAGAUAAUGAAUCGGCUCAAACUCUCCUGGACCUGGAGCAGAAUUGACCUCCGACCCCGACCCAGCGCUCAUGUCUUUCUGUCCGGACUUGAACUUGAUUAUGCAACAGAACGGCGGCGUGGGCUGAGCUGGAGCGGCGGAGGGCGGCCGAGCCGUGUCCCGGUGGACGAGCAGACUCCUCUGCUCGCCACGGACGGAGAAAACUGUUGUGUUAGUCAGCAAAUCUGCAAAAAAGACUACAAAAUCCACAACAACAGAAUCUGAAUUUUAAUAGUUUAGAGUGUAAAAUGAAAAGAAAUAAAAGAUUCUGCAUCAGAAUGAAGAUAAUUUCUCAUUUUGAGGGAUUUUGUCUUUUUUCUUGCAGUGCGGAUUAAUGCAACCCCCCCAUUUCUCUCAACAUCCCCUCUGCUUCAAGUUAAAAAAAAAAGUUACUAAGCACAUCUUUCUAGAAGAGUAUAUGCAUUUGAUUGCAAUUUUCUUUCUUUUGUAAACUGUUGAUAAAGACAUUAAGGACAAUGACAAAUAAUUAAAGAGAAAUCCUUGUACAUAACUGUAUAUAAUCAAAAAAGUGCAGAGUAAAUGUAACGGGUGAAUUUCUAUUUUUAACACUGACUAGAUAAUGUGAAAAAAAAUCCUCGUUUCUUUUUUCUUUUGCUCUGUUGGUUCGACGAAAUGUGUUUUUUUUCUCCUUCCUCUUUUAAUCUAAUUCAUUUGUUUUGUAGUUUCUUAAAGAGAAAAAACGUCCCACUUGUGUUGUGCACACUCGUGUUGCAUGGAGAGUAUCCUUCUCGUUUCCUGUAGUGACGUUGGUGAGCAUGUCGGUGUGUGUGAAACAGUGGGAGGAAGAAUCACCGCUUUUACGACCACAGGUUUAAAAUAAAGACCGGUUGACUCGGCUUCAACCAAGAGGAAGUCGAAUGAAAUGUCAAUUUCUGAAAUAUGCUCUUUAAUCCUGGAUCUCAUUUUUAGCAGGGAAAAAAAAUAAAUGUGUCACAAAAAUUCUCAUGAAGUUAUAGUAACGGACUCAGGUGCUACAUUUAAUAGAAAUUCAUCGUGAUGAGUUUAGUAUCGAUCACAUGUACAGCUGUGGAGAUUACUGAUGGGGAAAAAACAAAGACCAUUUUUGUUGUUAGAUUUUAAAGCAAAUGUAGAUUUUAGAUGCCAUCUGACAGAGAUAUCUACGAAAUAAAACAUGCUAGAGACAAUUCUAAUGAAACGGAAGCAAAGUGACCCUUUAAAGUGGUGCGUUCAGGAGCAGCUGGGAAAAGGGAGACACGUGAAUUAUCCGUUCUGUUGUAUUUGACAGCAGUUUUUCUUGAAGAUGCGGUGCAGCAGUUCUAUCUGGAAAUGUUCCUCCGAACGAGGAAAUGGGAAUUUUUCCCAGUUCGCAGCUGCUUGAACGCACCACAUCACCCCCUUCAGACGUGCACCCGGAAGUCACAGCUUCCCUUCACUUCACAAGCACACUGAUCUGAUUGGAUGAAUGGGUGAAUUUCUCACACACACAGACGGAGCCUUUCCGCAGGGUGACCGGCGCAUGUGUUCUCUGUCCUUCUUGUGUUCCCUCUGUCUGCAGCGAGGCGGGAGCGCUCCCUCUACGCCGACGAUGUGACCCUUUACGGGGUGAAAGUUCACGACUGUGCACGAGUGCCUCUGCUCACCACCAACCCACAACUUUCACUACUUUCUAUUGAAUGCAGUAACUUAUGGGCCAGUACUAUAUUUACCCAGUGCAAUGCAGUUAUCAUUAUAAUACAAUGAGUAAUAUUUUGGUUUUGUUUGGUUUCUUUUUUGUAUUUGUACAGAACAAAUGUGUAAAGAUCAGUGAGGAAAACGUGAGCUUUUUGAUACUGUGACUCAUGGUGUUUAAAAGUCAGUUUCUCCCUGUACAGUUGUGAUUAUUUCCCCCCUUCGUUCUUUCUUCUUUUAUAGAAUAAAAAAUGUUUUUGGUGCAGUUUAA